CUACUUCAAACCAGUCUUGAACACUGCCUAAACAUAUAAACACGAAUAGUUAACUAUUUAAUUACAAGUAAUUAUGAAAUCACUAUGAAGUAAACUUUUACACCAGCCCUAAAGUAUAAAUCGCUGUGUUGUUAUAGCUAAUAAAAUAAUGCGUUGGACUCUUUUGUUAAUUAGUAACAUACAAUUAAUGUAUUGUAAAGUAAUACUACGACCAACUGUUGGAUUGGUGGCAAAAUGCUGUAAUUUACGAAAUAUUCCCGUUGUCAUUCAAAGAUUCAGAUGGCGAUGGAUCAGGCGAUUUUAAAGGUAUAACUCAAAAAUUGGAUUACCUUGUCGAUAUAGGAGUAACCGCUAUUUGGAUGACGCCAUUUUUCGAAUCACCUUUAGAAUCUGGUGGCUACGACAUAACCAAUUAUCUAGAAGUAAACGAUGUUUUUGGUACAAUUGAUGAUUUAAAAGAUCUUUUAAAUGCUGCACAUUCAAAAGAUUUAAAAGUUAUCAUGGACUUUGUUCCUAAUCAUAGCAGUGAUAAACACAUUUGGUUUAAAAAGUCUGUCAAUAAUGAUACUCAUUAUGCAGAUUACUAUAUUUGGAAAGAUGCAAAAAAUCAAAAGGAAGUGAUAAAAAAUAACAGUAUAACUCCCAUCGUGCCAAAUAACUGGGUAAUGUUUAAAAUGAAAUAUACAGAAUAUUCUCUCCCGUAGCUUACUUUUUUCUUG